AUGCAGCCAGGCCUUCGAGAACCUUGCCUUUCCCCCUCGGUCCAGAACAGUGUCCCUGGCUCCGGCAACCCGACCUCACCCGUUAAGCUCAACCUCUCGGGGCUGAAGCUCCUUUUAGUUGCAGAUCCGGCUGCAGAUCGGGUCCAUACAUUGGCGGACUGGUGGGUCUCGGAGAUCACGCUCAUCCGUUAUACCUGCCACGAUUGGGAGCAGUCCUCGAUGCGGCAAAUUGAAAGUAGCCAAGUUGCUGCUGGUGCGACCGUCAGUGACAGUUGGUACUUUGCCCCCGGGGAGGAUCUCCCGGGCGCCGUCCAACAGUGCUGGGUAAAGCUUGGCGAUAUUGGAUACUGCCCGUGCGGUACUACCAAGCAUUUCUUGAGUCGGAGUAGAAUCAUAGUUCGGAUUGCCACUCCCGAGUCCCUAAUCUGCAAUUCGCACCUGCACACCACUCAGCUCACCAUGUGCGCAUCCUGGUAUGGAAUGUUGGCGUCAACUGCUGCAACAAGUGUUCUGGGCUGGCAUAAGGCUAUCGAGACGUCUCAUCGUAUAACUACACAGGUCUCGUAGGGUUCGGGAAUAUUGCUACUCCGAACUCCAAAGAGAUAUCGGCCAAUUGUUGCGCUGGGCCACCAAUUCAUUGCGUUAUCAACUCACUAGAUGCUGG